AUGGCUGAACAAAGUGAUAAGGUGAUAGGUGAAAGUGAGGCUUCAAAUGCAGCAAGUCAUGCUGAGAUAACUCUGUCAGCUAGUGCUAAAAGAAGGAGAAAAAGGUCUGCUGCUUGGGAUCAUUUUACAGAAGUUGAAACUUCCGAAGGUACGAAAGCAAAAUGUAGCCAUUGCUGUAAGUUGUACUAUUUUAAGUCAAGAGAUGGUACGUCGACUCUUCUUGGUCAUUUGUCGACAUGUCCUAAACUUCCUACUCCUCUUGUUGAUAAAAAACAAUCAACCAUAGGCUUUAAAUCUAUUCUAGGGGGAAGUCAAGGUGAUGUAGCUGUUGUCUCUUGGAAAUUUGACCAAGAAGAGUGUAGUAAGGCUUUAUGUCGUAUGGUAAUAGUUGAUGAGCUUCCUUUUAGCUUUGUCGAAAAAGAAGGUUUUAAAGAAUUUAUGAAAAUGGCUCAACCUCAUUUUUGGAUCCCUUCCCGUAGUACUGUAACUAGGGACUGUUUUAAUCUAUUUAAUGAAGAAAAACAAAAGUUGAGGAGCCAUAAAGGUGAAGAUAUGGCAAAUGGUAUUAGUAGGUGCUUACGUGAGUGGGGGAUAAAUAAGAUUUUUACUAUCACAGUUGAUAAUGCAAGCUCAAAUGAUGUGACAGUGAAAGAAUUGUCUAAGCAAUUAACAAAAAUGGGAACUAAUUUGAUGAACGGUAAUCACCUUCACGUGAGGUGUAUGGCUCAUAUCAUGAAUCUUGUUGUUCAGGAUGGUUUAAAAGAAUGCUCUUUGUCUAUAGAACGUGUUAGACAUGCAGUUAGAUAUGUUAGGCAGUCUCCUGCGAGGUUGAAAAGAUUUCAAGAAAGUUGUGACGAUGAACAACUUAGUUGCAAAAAAUCUUUAUGCUUAGACGUUCCAACUAGGUGGAAUUCCACCUACCUGAUGUUGAGUAGGGCUGUUGAAUUUGAGAAUGCAUUUUCAAAUUAUGCUUCACGUGAAAUUGGCCUGAGACAUUAUCUUGAAAAUUCUUAUGUUGAAACUGGAAUCACUGCUGGUGAACUUUUGAGUAGUGAUUGGGUCCAUGUGAAAAGAAUUACCAGAUUUCUUGAGAUAUUUUAUCUUCUUACUUUGAAAAUAUCCGGAUCACGUUAUGUUACGUCAAAUAUUCAUUUUCUUGAAAUUUAUGCUAUUGUUGUUUAUUUGAAUCAAUUGAUGGCAAGCGAAGACACUGAUUUAAGCGAUAUGGCAAAAAAAAUGCAAGAAAAAUUUAAUAAGUAUUGGGGAGAUCCAGCAAAAAUGAACAAGAUAAUUUUCAUUUCAUGUAUUUUGGAUCCUCGUUACAAGCUUGAAUCAGUUAGCUAUGCACUUGUAAAGAUGUUUGGGGAAAAAGGGUCAUCUAUACAAGCAGAAAUAAAAAAGUACAUGACUUCAUUAUUUAGCGAGUAUGUAAAAUCCAACUCAAAAGGCAGUGUGCUUGCUCAAUCUUCACCUUGCUCUUCACUGGACACUUCUACUUCCGGGCUUCCUAACAGUCAAGUAAGUACCCAAAGUACAGGACUUUUAGAAUCAUUCAUGAAAGAUCUAAAGAACUAUAAAACAGCGAAUGGAGGUGUGGAUGCUAGAACGGAGUUAGAUAAAUAUUUUGGUGAAGAAACUGAGGAUGAUAGUAAAGAAUUUAACAUCCUAAACUGGUCAAAAAUGAACUCAGCUAGAUUUCCUAUUCUUGCUGAAAUGGCUCGUGAUGUAUUAGCUGUACCAGUUUCAAGUGUAGCAUCUGAAUCUGCAUUUAGUACGGGAGGACGUCUUCUUGAUUCAUUUAGGAGUUCAUUGACUCCUAAUUUAGUGCAAGCUCUAGUGUGUCUUCAAGAUUGGCUUCGAAGUGAAAAAUUACAACAAUUUGUUAGCGUUGAGGAAGAUCUUGAUAAUCUCGAACAGCUUGAACAAGAUUUAGCCAGUGCUGGAAAAUAUCCUAUGCCUACUUUUUAUAUGUUGUUCUUUUUAGGAAAUUUUUUAGCUCUAGUUGAAUGGUAUUUAAUAGAUGAUAGAUUAUGGUGGGACUUUCAGUUUCAGAUACUGCUAAUCAUGAAUAUUCAAAUCUCAUUAAUUUCUUGCACUACCUUCUCAAACAGGGAUAAUGCAUAUCCAAGACAUGCAGCUAUGGCAAUUGCCCAAGUCGUGAUGGCCUUUGGUCAUUUCUUCUUUGCCAUGGGUUGGCCUGGAGCUAUGUACAUUGGUACUCUUUUGGUUGGACUUGGUUAUGGAGCUCAUUGGGCGAUUGUGCCAGCUGCUGCUUCUAAAUUGUUUGGCUUAAAGAAUUUUGGGGCUUUGUACAAUUUCCUCACUAUUGCCAACCCAGCUGGUUCAUUAGUAUUCUCAAGUCUUGUUGCUAGUAGUAUAUAUGACAUGGAAGCUGAGAAGCAAGCUCAAAAGCCACAUGAAGGACAGUUGAAUUUGGAGUCAGUUUUGACAAGUUUUUUUACACAUGGAUGA